UUGAACUUGGAAAAAAGGUAGUUUACAUUUCCAGGAUGGUGGAAUGUGUUGAAGGUGGAAUGGUUAGAAUAUUGUGAAAAAUUUGGAAAUGGUGGAAGUUUGAAAAAUGGCCAAUUUAUUUUGAAUGGUAAAAAUGUCCCGGGAAACCUGGAAUUCUGGAAAAUCUGGGAAUUUUUGGAAUUUGUCAAGGGAAUGCCUGCGAUUCCCGAAUAGGCUGAAAAGUUUGAAGUUGGAACGGUUUGAAUCGGGUGAAAAAUGUAGAAGGUAGAGCGCGCCAAAUUCUGGAGAAGAAAAAGAAGAAGAAGUUUAAUAAAUAGAUGAAUUUUGGUGUAGAAAACCAUAUGUGUGAAUGCUCCAAAGCAUUCACACAACUAUUUACUUUAUUCCAUGUUGUAAAAGUAGUCAGUGACACUCCAUUUGUGUAGUUAUUAGCCUCAACCUGAAUAAGCAGAAUGCUAAUGCUAACAAGCUAACGCUAAACUUGAUGUGUUUGUGUUGUCAUCGUUAGAUAAACACUGACUUUUAUUAUUUAUACUGUAUAUUCUUAUUUACAGCUGAAAUGGACCAAAAGUAAUCGCCUGAUCCUCAUGAAUUCAUCAUUUACUGAGAGGACGACUUUCUGACUGUUGGACGUUGCGGACAAAAGCCUGACCUUUUAUGAACAAUUCGCUAAAAGAGAGAAGCGUAUCCUUGUGUAACCGCCUCCCACACUGGCAUCAAUCUGACCAAAACAUGGUGGAACAUGAAGAUGGUCUGUUGGAGAUCCUCCAGGCAUCACCGAGGGAUGAGGAUCAAUGGAAGCGCCCUCUGGAGACCACUUGUCAGAAACUUGCACGUCGGCAGAGGGUGUGACCCCAGGAUGCAGGGACAGAAGGCGGCGUGCAGUUCCACCUCAUUACAGUCCAUUAUCAGCGAGGGGAGGAUACAUGCAAAGUCUACAAUGUCAACAUUUUCUACAGGGCUGUGCAUCACACCCAGAUCCUACGCCAGACCAGUUUACAACAGAGGAGAACCAGAUGAAAAUGGAUGCUACUUCAACGGAGCAACAAGUGGUCCACUUUCUGCAAUCAAAGGAUGUUGAGGGAAUCCAAAAUGGCACUGCUGAAACAGGGAAAGAAGCUGAAAGAAACACUGACACUUGUGACUUGACCACGGCCGUGCACGGAGAUGGCUCCAGGUGCUCAUGGUGGUCCUGAACACAUGAAGGGGAGAGGCAAGAAAUAAUGCAUGUGCAGCUCAACGUGUGAUGGAGUGAAGAAGCAGCGCUGCUGCAGAGAGGCUCAGAUGAUCAAAACGAGGGGGGCUCUAAAUAUAGGAUGCUGCUGCUGCACGAUUUCUUCUGCUUGAGCUGGGACUCGCUCAGCCACAGCUGAUGAUGGCAGGCGAAGAAGGGAAGUAUACACGAAUGAAGGUGAACAAUAGAUGCAAUUUCCAGACAUUAGACAUACCUGCUUGAAAUGUAAUAUUUCAGCUAAUUUAAUUAGCUGUUAAUUAACAUGUCAACAAAUACACAAUUGUUCUAUAUGUAUCUCCUGAGUACUACUACAUGAGUACUCAUACUGUACUUUAAGAAUCAAUGCACAUUGUUAUUCAUUUAAUAGUCACUCCUAUGUUCUGUAUCACAUCAAUAAUACAAGGACAUAGGCACAUUUAUUUAAGUCAUUUUUGUUCAUUUACUGCAAUAUAAUGUUACUAAUAAUAUUUACUGCAUGUACUUAAUAAUAUUUAAUGUAUUAUUCAUAAGUCCUGUACCAAAAACUAAGCAGCCAAACCGUUAGAAACAAUUCAAUAUACUG